ACACAAAGUAAAUGAAAAACUUUUAGGCGUGCCAGUGUCGGGGACCAUACAAAUUUUCAACUGUAUUGAUCUCAUUUGCCAAAUCCAGGACUUUAGACAACAAAUUAGUGUGCACCAUUGCAAAGUUCCAACACCUGCAGUCUUAAAAUGUUGGAUUUGGAAAUCGUACCAGAGUUGUCGCUUGGGUGUGAUGCUUGGGAAUUUGUCUUGGGCAUGCACUUUUCGCAAGCAAUAGCGAUUAUACAAUCUCAGGUGGGAAUUAUUAAAGGUGUGCAAGUACUCUACUCUGAUACGAACCCUCUUGGUGUGGAUAUCAUAAUAAACUUGCCGCAAGAUGGUGUUCGCUUGAUUUUUGAUCCCGUUGUACAACGUUUAAAGACCAUUGAAGUAUUCAAUAUGAAGUUGGUAAAACUGAAGUACGGUGGAGUACACUUCAAUUCCCCCGAGGUGCUGCCUUCCAUUGAACAAAUUGAGCAUUCCUUUGGAGCUACUCAUCCAGGAGUAUACGAUGCAGCGAAACAACUAUUUGCGUUGCACUUUCGUGGCUUGAGCUUCUUCUUCCCCGUUGAUAGCAAGUUACAAGAAGGAUAUGCACAUGGCUUAGGAUCUCUGAUUUUCUUAAGUGGAGCAUCGCCUGUGGUUUCGAAAAUGUCACUCUACUCCGGUAGUAACGUUUCUGAGACACGGGCUCCUCCGCUUCCACUCUCUUGUUACCAUCGGCAAAUCUAUCUAGAUUCAGUAACUGUCUUGCGUACGGCAAAUGGUUAUACCAAGGGUCUAAAACUGAAGCUCUUCACUGAGGGCUCCAGUCGCGCGAUGGAACAGCGGCGGCAGUGUUUUACAAGGGAAAUACUCUUUGGUGACAGUUGUCAAGAUGUAGCCCAGAAACUGGGCGCGCCUAACCGGAUCUUUUUUAAGAGCGAAGAUAAAAUGAAAAUACAUUCGUCGAGUGUAAAUCGACAAGCACAGAGUAAGCGCAGUGACACAUUUUUCAACUAUUUCACGCUUGGAAUAGACGUACUGUUUGAUGCUCGAACACAAACUUGCAAGAAAUUUGUUUUGCACACAAACUAUCCGGGACAUUUCAACUUUAAUAUGUACCAUCGUUGUGAAUUUAAGUUUAGUUUGAAUUCUGAUAAUGGAUUAGAUAUUAAUUGCGAUCGGAAUAUAACCGAUGAUAUAGAAGUUACUGCAUAUGCUAAGUGGGACGAGAUAAGUGCGGUAGUGCCAUCGGCUCGUCCGGUGGUGCUCCAUCGCGCCAGCUCAACAAACACUGCCAAUCCAUUCGGUGCAACCUUCUGCUACGGUUAUCAAGAUGUUAUAUUCGAGGUGAUGACAAACAACCAUAUCGCCUCGGUCACUUUGUAUAGCACGAUUCCACCGACAAAGCAAAUCGAACAGUCUUCUUAUCAGCAGCACAAAAUGCAGGACAUUCGUUUAACAGUUGCGUGAGAAAACACAACAACGAUCGAACAUCAGUCUUUGUCUAAAAACUAAGCGAUUUAAACUCGUAAAGAAUCUUAAAUGAGUUCAGUUCAAAAUAUGUUAUUUUUGAAAAGAUAUUUAUAAGCCAACAGAUAAUAGAACUGUAUAACUGAAAAUAAGUGGUCACUGUAAACAUUAUGUAGCAAAUUUUACUUUUUAGCAUACCUAUUUAAAUUUUUAUUUACCAACAAGCAUUGCCAGCGAUAGGACGUUGGGGAAGAAGCAAUUGGCAAAAGAUGUAUAGUUUUGAAAAAAAAAAAA